UAAAACUGCAUAAAAGGAGGGUUAUUAAAAAUAACUUAACCCCUACUCUUUGCAAACCCCCCUUUUCUAUUUCAAAAAACUGAAUCAUCAAUCCAAGAAAUCUUGGAUUCUGGUGAAGCUUUCACAUGGAGAUUGGGUCGGGUCCAAUAGUGCCGUGCUCUAAAGAGCACCAGAAGAUUUAUCAGGAGUGGUUCAACUUAGCAGAUUCAGAUGGAGAUGGUCGUAUUACUGGUAACGACGCCACGAAAUUUUUCUCCAUGGCUACACUUUCUCGAACGGAACUGAAGCAGGUAUGGGCCCUUGCCGACACAAAGCGGCAAGGGUUUUUGGGUCUUACUGAGUUCAUUACCGCAAUGCAGCUUGUUUCCUUAGCACAAGCAGGUCAUGAAUUAACUCCAGAAAUUCUUAAAACUUCAGCUAUCAAAGAGGACCCUCAACUUCCGGUGAUGGAAGGCUUGGAUACUUUAAUACCUAAAACUAAAUCCCUAACAACACAUAAUCAGCCAGAUCCAUAUGGAAUUGUUCAGCCUCAGCCAACUCAAUGGUAUCCUUCAAAGUCUGUUAAAAAGUUGCCUCUUAAUGCUGUUACAUCCAUAAUUGAUGGUCUGAAAAGAUUGUACACUGAAAAGCUAAAGCCACUUGAAGUUGCCUAUCGUUUUAAUGAUUUUGUAUCACCUUUACUGACCAGUAGUGACUUUGAUGCUAAACCCAUGGUCAUGCUAUUGGGUCAGUAUUCAACUGGGAAAACAACAUUUAUAAAGCAUAUGUUAAAGUGUGACUACCCAGGAGCUCAUAUUGGGCCAGAGCCUACAACAGAUAGAUUUGUUGUUGUAAUGUCUGGGCCUGAUGAGAGAAGUAUUCCUGGGAACACAAUAGCUGUUCAGGCUGACAUGCCUUUCAGUGGCCUAACAUCGUUUGGAGGGUCAUUUUUAUCAAAAUUUCAGUGUUCCCAGAUGCCACAUCCUUUGCUUGAUGAAAUUACAUUUGUGGAUACUCCUGGCGUACUCUCUGGAGAAAAGCAACGGACACAACGAAGCUAUGACUUCACUGGUGUUAUAUCCUGGUUUGCUGCAAAAUGUGAUCUUAUUCUACUUUUGUUUGAUCCCCAUAAACUGGAUAUUAGUGAUGAAUUCAAGCGUGUAAUUGCAUCUCUACGUGGUCAUGAUGACAAGAUUCGUGUGGUUCUGAAUAAGGCAGAUCAAGUUGACACACAACAGCUCAUGAGAGUAUAUGGAGCUUUGAUGUGGUCACUUGGAAAAGUUCUGAACACACCAGAGGUUUCGCGUGUUUAUAUUGGCUCGUUCAACGACAAACCUGUUAAAGAAUCAGCUCUUGGCCCUAUGGGCCAAGAACUCUUCGAAAAAGAGCAAGACGAUCUCCUUGCAGACUUGGUUGAUAUUCCAAAGAAGGCUUGUGACCGACGGAUCAAUGAAUUUGUGAAACGUGCCAGAGCUGCUAAGAUGCAUGCCUACAUAAUUAGUCAUCUUAAGAAAGAGAUGCCGGCCAUGAUGGGUAAAGCUAAGGCGCAGCAACGACUUAUUGAUAAUCUGGAAGACGAGUUUGCAAAGGUUCAAAGAGAGUUCCAUCUACCACCCGGUGAUUUUCCAAAUGUCGAGCACUUUAGGGAGGUCUUAAAUGGUUACAGCAUCGACAAAUUUGAGAAACUGAAGCCUAAAUUAAUCCAAGGUGUUGAUGAUAUGCUCGGUUACGAAAUCCCAGAACUCCUGAAAAAUUUUAGAAAUCCAUAUGACUAAAAUAAUUGUUAGCUGGUAUACGAACUAAUGUGUUUUGGUUGAUUUUGAGUUAGUUUUUCAAGUUCAAUUCAAAAACGUUUUAUUGUGUUUCAAUAUAAUACUCCUUUUUUCUUGCUAA